AUGGGGGCUUUUCUAUCUGUAUCCGGCCACGGCCACUCCUCCCACCCCGAGCACUGCGCUCGCUUUAAUCGCGUCGACCGCAACGACUCCCCGCCGUCGCCGUGCAGGAUGUGCAAGCUGAACCGCCACUUCGGGCACCCGCAGCACCGCCUCACCCUGGGCGCCGACACCCGCGCCGGCCUCUCGUGCAGCCUCUGCGCCCAGCCGCUCGGCACGCCAACCGUCGCCUACAGCUGCGCUCACAGCAGGUGCGCCGGUUUCAGCGCUCACCCGCGCUGCUGCAACCUCCCGAGGAGCAUGACCACGCCGCCGGACCUGCACGAGCACACCAGGCUUGUCCUGCGCCCUCCGUCGGCGCCGGGUGGGAACGGCAGCAACAGCGAGGCGCGGCCGCGGCGAACAUGUCUCAAGUGCGGGAAGACGGCCACGACCGCGGGGUGGAAGGCCGCACCGUGGUCGUACCAGUGCCCCAAGUGCGCCGGCGUGGAGUACUGUCUCGCGUGCGUGCUCGGCAACGACGACGGUAGCACCGUGCGGUGCUGCUGCUUGCCGUGCUGCGCCGUCGACCCUGCAGCCGUGCACUGUGUUGGGUAUUUGGCCGGGGCGCUCUUGUGUGGGUUCUUGUCUGGAAUGGGAUGCCCGGGCAUCCCAACUCAGCCGUACCCCGGCGACAUGGAACUUACUCCCAGAUACCGAACGUGA